UUGCAGCCCCAACCAGAAGCUGCUAAUUUCUUGCUGCCUAGUUUAACACUUGAGAUUCAAGAAAAAAAAAUGAGAUUUCAGAACCGAAACGUCGGAAUGUUUCUGCAGUUUUUGAGACAAGGGGGCAAAUGGCGGGGCAGUGUUCCGGUUUCUACUGCUGGCAGUGUCUCAGAAAGACUCUUGGUACCGUCUGGGCACAACACUCUCCCUGGCCCCACUAACUGGCCGGUGCUGGGGAGUCUGCUGGAGAUCAUUAGGAGGGGAGGACUCCAAAAGCAGCACAAAACACUGGUGGAAUUUCACAAGAAGUUUGGGAAGAUUUUUAAGAUGAAGUUGGGUCCGUUCGAAUCCGUUCACAUCGGGGCCCCGUGUCUCCUGGAAGCUCUUUACCGUAAGGAAAGCAAUUACCCUCAGCGCCUGGAGAUCAAACCGUGGAAAGCCUAUCGAGAUUACAGGGAUGAGGCGUAUGGCCUCCUCAUACUGGAAGGAAAAGAUUGGCAAAGGGUGAGGAGCAUCUUUCAGCGAAAGCUAAUGAAGCCAACGGAAGUGUUAAAACUGGACGGAAGGAUCAAUGGGGUUCUGAAAGAUUUCGUCGACAGAGUGGAGAAGGUUCGCGAUGAGACCGGAAAGAUCAAUGAUUUGUACCAGGAACUCAACAAAUGGUCCUUCGAAACAAUUUGUUUGGUGUUGUAUGAUAGAAGAUUUGGUCUUCUGGAACAAAAUGUUGUUGAAGAAUCUUUGAACUUCAUUCAGGCAAUUAAAAUUAUGAUGAAUACAUUUGGUAAAAUGAUGGUGACUCCAGUUGGGCUCCAUAAACGUUUAAACACUAAGACUUGGAAGGACCACACUGAAGCUUGGGACAAUAUAUUCAAAACAGCAAAGUGCCAUAUUGAUGGAAGAUUGAAUCGACACUCAGCUUGCCCAGCCAAUGACUUCCUCUCAGAAAUCUACAAUGGUAGUGAACUAUCGAGAAAAGAGUUGUAUGCAGCAAUCACUGAGCUCCAGAUUGGAGGAGUAGAAACGACAGCCAAUAGUUUGCUUUGGGCUAUCUUCAAUCUGUCUCGCAAUCCCAAGGCACAAGAUGAACUUCACAAAGAAAUAUUGUCUGUGCUGUCUAAAGACCAGAUCCCAACUGCAAAAGAUAUUAAGAAAAUGCCUUACCUGAAGGCUUGUCUAAAGGAAUCUAUGAGGAUUACACCUUCUGUGCCCUUCACGAGUCGUACACUGGACGAAGAAACUAUUCUUGGUGACUAUUUACUACCGAAGGGAACUAUUUUAAUGAUAAACAGUCAUGCAUUGGGGUGGAAUGAAGAAUAUUUCAAUGAUGGAAUGCAGUUUAAACCAGAACGAUGGCUACAGGAUAGGCAUACAAUCAAUCCUUUUGCACAUGUGCCAUUUGGGGUUGGGAAGAGGAUGUGUAUAGGCCGGCGGCUGGCUGAGCUACAGUUGCAGUUAGCCCUCUGUUGGCUGGUGCCAAGGUACAAAAUAGUGGCAACUGAUGAAGAUCCUGUGGAAACACUGCAUUCUGGGACACUGGUGCCUAAUCGGGAAAUCCCAGUAGCAUUCCACAGACGUUAAGGAGUACUGUGAUUCUUCGAGAGCACAGCACAGCCUAGACUCUUGUUAAGCUCAGCGUUUUAUAAUCAGUGAAAAAAGGCACUGCAAGGCCAGAAGAAUGUUAUGGGAAUGGAAAGAUUACAACACAUUCACUGACCCACAAAGGUUUACAUUUUGAAUCCUAAGGCUGCUCUGAUAAGAAAUUGAGUAAUGCAGUAAGUUAUACUGUUGGACCUUUUUGCUUGGCAAUAGCCUUUGCUGGUGAAGUAAAAACUGUAUUAUCCAACAUUUGAUGCUUAAUACAUCAUGACAAGUUAAGAUAUAAAUUAUGGCUGGUCAUAAUGCUACCUUCCCAAAAGAUGUAAGUCACCAGAAAGAACUCUGAUAAUCUGAAAGUGCCUGACUGUUUCAAUGUUAACUCUGAUACGGAACUUCAGUGAAAGAAACUAGGCGUUUGUUUGGACACUACUGACAGCGAGAGGCAGACAACUCCCCACUAUGAACAUUGUCAAAGUUGUCAACAGAAGCUGAGAUUCUGAACAUGGAGGAAAUUCUAAGUACUGCAAACUAGUACUGCAAAUGCUGGAAAUCUGAAUCAAAAACAGAAAUUGCUGGAGAAACUCAGCAAGUUGGGCAGCAUCUGUGGAGAGAAAGCAUAGUCAAUGUUUCGGGUUCAAUGACCCUUCUUCAGAACUGGACCUGAAACAAUGACUCGGCAUUUUAUCCACAGAUGCUGCUAGACCUGCUGAGUUUUUCCAAUGUUUACUGUUUUUGCAUCAGAAAUUCUCAGGAACCUUUCUGGAUUGACUGGCAGAGAGUCACAGAAUAUAUAUAUAAUCACAAAACAUAGAACUGGUGUAGAAAUUAGUUUUUGGUAGUGUAAAAUGGGAUGUAUCAUAUUGGCUGCCUGCUAUACACUCUGUCUGAUAUACAGUUGCAUCACAAUCAAUGGACAAAACACUUAUGACGCAGCAGUGGGGUCCUCCAUUUGCAACAACCUCACACAAGCAUUAUGGGAAAACCAUUAUGAUUAAAUUCUCCAUUGGCUCUACUGGCUCCAAUGAGGGCAAAUUAAAUCAGAUUUCUAAUGAGGUGUGAAAGUCUGACUUCAGCCAAUAGCUCUCCAGUCCUGGCAGUAACAAUGGGAUGUGUGGCUAUUGCCAGUACCGCCAUGGGAACUACUACGCGAAUCAUUGCUGGGACCUUUCUGACCAGUGUGAGUGGGUCAUAUUGUAUGAGGAUGGCCUGGUGAGGGGAGAUACAGAAUGCUCCUUGUCAAGGACAUCUCAGUGACUUUCCAAGGUUUCUGGCAUUUCUGCCAGCAGGCCCAUCUGUUGGGUUCAGGAUGCCUAAGAAAGAAGGAUUUCCCAUAAGAAUACCCAGUAAGGUUUACUUCUAUAUUUUGUCCACAUGGCCAGGGGCUGGACCAGAGGCAGUACGCUACGGCCCUUAACCAGGUCUCAGGUGGUGUCUUUGAAUCUCAACUGGUUUCUGGGAGGAAGGCUAUCCUUGAAUUUAAUCAAGGGGAAUUAAAAAGGUGGAGCUUUCACCCUAUAUCUUACUGCCACAUGGUAUAGCCACCCAUUGCUUUACAUCUGUUCACCAGGGAGCAUUAAAUCCCACUCAUUUGAAUUGAAAGUCAUGUGAGACAUACAAAGAUAGCUGACACAAUACCCCAUAAUCUCUGUUGCAAUAAAUUAAGCAAUAUUUUUAAGGUCAAAUACUUAUUAGAAAUGGUGUAAUUGAAAAUACUAUUACUCAAUCAAUUACUCCACAUAGAAAUGCAACAAAUCAAAGUUUAUAAUAAUGCUUUAGUCUCCCUAGUAAUUAAAAAUUUCAGUUACAGAACUAUGAGCCUGUUAUGGGACAAAUUUACAAUGCACUUUUCAAUGACAAUUAGAAACUCAGGGUCUUUGCUAUUAUUGAGCAAUUUUGUACUACUGAAAAGAUUUCUAUGUGUUGAUUUGUAAACGUUUUUCAAUUUUCUAUUAAAAUGAACAGGAGACAUUUAA